AUGGGGAUAACUGUUAUACUUUGUCAAGCCUUACAACAACAAUCUCAGGAUAUAGUUAAUGUCAUGUGUUUGGUUGGAACAACAAAGUAUCUUAUUCAAGCAUUGAGAGAAGAUGGUUGGGAUGCAUUAUUUACUGAAGUGAAGAUUUUUUGUGAAAAACAUGAUAUUGAAAUUCCUGAUCUCAACGAUGUUCAUUCAACAACAAGAUUUGGACGAUCACGUCUUCAACAAGCUCUAAGUUGUGCUUUGACUCCUAAGGAUAAUUAUAAAGCUUUUAACAUUGAAAAAAUUUGCACUCUAGUUGAAAAAUAUUACCCUGUGGAUUUCAACAUGCAAGAGAAGAUUAAUUUGAAAUUUCAACUCCAACAUUUCUUGGUUGAUGCUCGUCAAGAUUUAAAUUUGAAUAAUUUAUCAACUAUUCAAGAAUUGUGCUCAUGUUUGGUUGCAACUGAAAAGACGCAAAAUUUCUACUUGAUUGAUAGACUACUUCGUCUUAUCAUGACUCUUCCGGCUUCUACUGCCACAACUGAAAGAUCUUUUUCAACAAUGAAAAUUAUUAUAUCAAGGUUAAGAAACAAGAUGGAAGCUAACUUUUUGGCAGAUAACAUGGCGGUUUAUAUUGAAAGAGAAAUUGCUGCAAGUAUCAGUUCUGAGUCUAUUAUUGAUGAUUUCAAGUUAAUUAAAGAGCGUAGAGCAUUGCUUUAA